AUGACAGUUAAGGAGUGUGCAGACCGCAUUACACAACUCGAGGGAUCUUUGGGAGAAGUACGUGGAGAGAUCUCAGCAAUCAAGGUUGGUUGUGAGAGCAUGUCAUCACGGCUUGGAGCGUUGGAGUCACAGAUGACAUCGUUUGCUCAAAUCCUUUCACGCAUUGAAGCUAAUACUUCUUCAGGACAGGGACAAUCGAGCGGCAAUAAAUCAUCAUCGCUUGAUUCACCUGAGGUAAAUCAUCCUCUUCUUGACUUGGAAGCUAAAUCGCUGGGUUGUCAAGGAAUCUCGGGUGCUUUAGCAAAUCGUGAGAGUAUGUUACGGAAGAUUGAUAUGCCUGUGUUUGAUGGCCGUUUACCGUACGGUUGGAUUGCUCGUGUCGAGAGGUUCUUUCGGUUGGGACAAUAUUCAGAGGAAGACAAGCUUGGAUUGGUUUCUCUUUGCUUAGAUGGCGUUGUUUUAAAUUGGUUCAAUGGAGAAGUUGCUCACGCACCCUUCCAUAACUGGGAUCAAUUUAAGCAAAGACUCUUACUGAGAUUUACUCCAGCGAUUGAGGACGAGCCAGGAAAACGUUUAUUGUGCUUAAAGCAAACAGGAGAUAUCUCUGAGUAUAUCAAUGAGUUUGAGGAAUUAUCUACUCAAGUAACUGGUCUCGCUGAAGCAACAUUGACAAACGCCUUCUAUAAUGGCUUGAAACCAGAGAUGAAAGAAGUUAUCAAGCUCAAAGACCCUCACGGGUUAACCAAUCACAAGGCAGCUGUAAUGAAGAUGCAAACUUCUGUGUUUUGUCAGGUAAUGGGAGAGCCUAAAUCGCAUACCGGUCUUCAAACUUUCAAGUCUACUACAGGUUUUCAGCCACAGAAAUCUUUUCCAAGUCACAACAACCGUGUUGGUACUAUGCUGGAGGUCAAUAUUGGAGGUUCUCAACCAUUGGAUACUGGCCAGAAUAGCUCACACAUUCCGUUACGUCCACGGCAACAACACAGUGAUGCAGAACUUGAUGAUAUGAGGAGAAAGAAUAUCUGUUUCAAGUGUAAAGGGCCAUUCUAUAAGGGUCACCCUUGUUCAAAGAGAGAGCUCCAAGUGCUUAUUGUUAUUAAUGGUCUCGCAAUGGAGGUUUUAGAUCAAGAGACAAAUGGAAGCGCAGACCAGAAGCAUGAACUAAUUGGAGAUUUGAUGGAGUUUUCACCUCAUUACGCUUGA